AUGCCACCUGAAAGUCGCAGAAAGCGUCGGGCUUCGUGUCUGGCAGCUGACAAUCAGGUCGUCCAAGCUGUUCCCGGAGCAUUCGUCGAGGUUGUCCGUGGAGAUUUCAGCCAUGCUUUAGCACCUGCAAAUUCGACUGCAUCUGCUACUGCAGCUAUGCCUACAGUUGCGCCUGCAACUCCAUCAGUGGCCGAAACGGUGCCUACUGUUAUAGAGCCAACUGACCCUACGCCCACCCCGGCUGAGCAGCAGCCACGGGGAGGAAUCUUACGCUGGAUAUCCGGCUUCAUCACUCCGGUCUACUCGUUUAUCCGUCGCAGAAACAACUCUGAAACGGAUACUACUACUUCAAUACCCGAGGCUGAGCCUCGUGUCAAACGACGCAAGCUCGAAGAGGCCACCUUUGCUGUAGCCUGGGCUACCAUUCCGAGUACCCGUAUCGGCAUUGAGAACAUCGAGAAGGUUCGCGGCUUCAUUAAGCGCAUCAAGAGGCAUGCCGAUGAGCCCUAUGUUACCAUCGCUCACUACAACUUUCCAGGCCCGAUCGAGGCCUUCAGCAGCCAGAAGACAUAUGAUAAGGCCUUUAAGCUGCAUUUAACAAUGUAUGAUAAGCUGGAGGGCUAUGAUGCUGCAGAUGUUGUCCUCCCAGAGAUCUUUAAGCCUCAAACCGAACUCCUCAAGUCGCGCGACAUUAUUCACGGCGACUUCCCGGACACAAACAACGUCCUCAGUGCCGAUGUCCACGACUGGAUGAUUCACAAGUAUAAGGAGAACACCUGGAGAAACUUCAACGCUGCAAAGGCUGAGUUUGCUGCGGUUCUGGACCAAGCAAUCAAGAGUCUGCAGUUCAUGUACUGUGAGCAAUCGUUCUCAAACGUCAAGGGCCUCGUGGGCCACCCGCUCGAGUCGUACGACAUUGACAUAGACGAGCGACGAAAACACGGAAUCGCCGCCGACGUUUUCGAAUUUCUGGGACAAAAGAUGGAAAAGUCAAGGCUCCUGCGCGAGUUGGUGAAAGCGCCGGCUGAGGCCAUGUUUUCGGUGGCGGCUGAUUGUCGUGCUCUCGAGGAGACAAAGCCGGUCCCGAGUCACGUUGUCUUUGAGGCUGCAACCGUUGUGCCCCACUCUUUUCGUCGCCGCCAGGAGGCCCAGGACCAACCACAAAGCUGGACGGUCCACAUGCCAGCUGACCGCAUGGGAAGCUUCGACGAGAACCCCACGGUCGCGCUUCGCGAUAAAUACCUGCGCGAUCACCGAAGGACGUUUGCCCCGUCACCCCUGGUGCCCCUGAGCAAGCUCCCGCAUCAGCCGCAUCGCAGAGAGUUACAGCAGCCGUUCAACGUGAACCGCGUUCCCAAUUCGAGUCUGCAACUGCCAGCCACUCGCGGUCGCUUGUACGGCAACCGGCCACCAAACCUAAACCAGCCAUACAGUAUCCAUCGUCCAGUGUACAACUUGCCCCGUCGGCCGUUGUCCCUGCCUGAGCACAUUGCAGCAGCAUCAAAUCCACCUCCCCACGUCAACCCUUUAAGACGCCUUGAGAUCAAAAGGCCCCAACUUGGAGGCCGUGGUGGAAUUCUCAAGAGGGUUGCACCAGUAUCCUACGGACCUACCGGGCACCGCGUUCAAUUCCACGAUCAAUUCGAGGAGAUUGACUUUUUUACCGGUCAGCCUAUCACGGCCGGGAGGCGUACCAUCAGGACCACCGCCAGGACACCAGCCACACCGCGGCCCGUCACCAAGAGGCCCAACACCCCCAGGCCUGCAGAAGUCACCGCUGCUACCGACUUUAACUGGCAAGGUCACUUUGCCGUUCCCGACGACACUGAUUCUGAGUCUGACGACGACUCGGAGCCCUUGGUCAUCCAGACACCUACUAAGGCUAGGCCUGCGGUUGUAUCAUCGCUUCAACCCGCCCAGGUCGCUCAAAAGGAGCAGUCAUAUAAAAGCACCUACCAAUUAUCGGCCCCACUUGCCCAGGCCGUUCAAGAGGAACAGCCGGCUUUCAACUGGGCUGGUCACUUUGCUGUGCCUGACGACAGCGACAGUGACAGCGACAGUGAGGACGAACCCGCUGAGCCCAUUGAGUUUGAGAUUGCGCAACCUGAGCACAUCCAGCUUGAGACACCUAAGCUCACUGAGGUUGAGAUUGAGCAACCUGAGCCCAUUGAGGUUGACGAGCCCACGAUCAAACAUCAUCAUCAAAUUUCAAGCCCCACAACUUCCCAGACGAAUGUUGUCGGCGAGCCCCCGGUGCGGUACGCCGAGGAGGUUGUUGCGCAGUCACAAGUCACGCUGCCCCCCAUUAUGACCAGUCAUUCACCCAUUAUGGAUCCUGUAGGCUCAUCGCCAUCUUCACAGAAGAGGCAACAUGCAGCCACUAUCUCUACUCGGAAUGCCUCUGCUUCUUCUCCACUUCGCCAUAUCACAGACACAGAAGAGCCGAAGAAGUCCUCAGUGUCAGACUCGUCAAUUCAUCCUCAUAAAACUAGCGUCAUGUCAGAACUAACGACUACCAAGCCCAUAAAGGCCAAGAGUCGUUACAUACAGUCAUUGGGUCGUGGUCUCACAAGCAGAAAUAUAGCCGCUGCUCCCAGACCAACAAAGCGCAGGGGGGCUGCUAUUCGCGCCUUACUUAAUGCGAAGCCCGAUAAUGCAAAGACUGAUUCGCCCAUGCCGGGCUCGUUCCCGGAGGCCGACAUGGAGGUUGAUGAGAAUGAAACGACAGAAAGCCCACAGAGGCCUCGCUUUAGACAACCAACAAUUUCCACCACAGAGUCACGUUCGGCAUCUACCGCCUACUACAGCCCGCUAGACCCUGAGAAGGUACCAAAGGGCGAGCAACUAUCUCAAUCCCCACGGUCUGAUCACAAGACCCUCACGGCAGAGGAGAGACGUCGGGAUCUUCUCGAUUUCUUUGACAAGGAUUAUACCAAGGAAAUAGACCCCAACGGCUUUUUGCUCGAGUCUGAUUUAUCUUCAAAACUUACCGGAAAAUCCCGGCUUCUCUUAUCGCAAAGCGACUCGUCAGACUCAUCGUCCUCCUCGGAGUCAACGUACAGGUCAGUUUCGCCGAUUCACCAAUCCAGCGAAUCCGAGCUGCAGCCUUCGUUCGGUCGCCUCAAGAUCAGCAAUUUUAAGGACCAUCAGCUUGCAUUGGAAGCGCAGAUCGGAGAAGAGCUCGAGCAGCAUGCAGUGCGGGAAGAGAAGGAGCGUCUCGCCCGUGAAGCAGAGAAGGAACAGAAAAGGCUUGAGGCGGAAGAAGCUGAACGUCUCCGUCGGGAAGAGCAAGCAGUGCUCGCAAGGACCGGAGGUCUCCGCCCGCCAAGGGCCAUCAUGAUCGGCGGCAUCUCCAACGAAUGGUACCACAGAAUCAUGGACACCAUGAAGGCACGGGACAACCAAAUUCUUGGCAAGUCAGGCGAGGGCAACGGCAUCGAAGCCCAUUCCUUCAAGACUGUUGUUAAUCCAACAGCAUGGCUGGACGAUGAAAUCAUCAAUGGAGCACUUUCACACCUCGCAAGGUUCAUCAACGAGAGGGCAGGGAUUAAGGAUGUCAGGGCACAGACGCCGAAAUGCGUGCUUCUAAACUCACACUUUUACUCCAACGUCUCGAGGUCCAAGGGACUUGGAGAUACCAACCGAUGGAUGAGGAGGCUAGGCGUCCGCCCAGACAACUUGCUUAGCGUGGAGACGUUCGUCAUCCCCAUCAACCUUGGCAACAACCACUGGACGCUGGCAGUUGUUCGCCCACUCAAGGGUGAGGUCGCGCACAUCGACUCGAUGGGCUUGUCGGGCUCUGGCCAGCGCGCCGUCACCGAUAUGUUGAUGACCUGGUUACGCACAUUCCUCGGCAACAGGUUCGACGAGCGUCACUGGAAGACUCGGAAUUUUGUCUCGCCCGUGCAGACAAACGGUCACGACUGUGGCGUCCAUACCAUCACCAGCGGCAUGUGCAUCGCCCUGGGUAUUGACCCCUCCUCAUACAAGCCUGCGGAUAUGCCGCUCCAGCGUCUGAGGCUUGCCGGAGUUCUGAUGAACAACGGAUUUCAUGGCGUAUUUGACCUGUCCAAGCUGUAAAGCUGAGAAGCAACGGUGGAUGCAAAAGAAAAAAAGAAAAAAAAAGUAAACGAAUUCACAUGGCUGCAUUUUCCGGCGCGAUGCAUUUCAAGGGCUUGUGGGAAUACCAAAAACGGCAUCAUUAUAUCCAGAAAGGAACGGUUUUGUUCACAGGAGCUUCUUUUUUCACUCUCGUCUUGUCUCAAGUUGAAUGUAUGUUUUUUUUUCUCCCAAGAGACAUCACCAUGACGCUUUAUAGAAGGGCGUUUUUCUGAAGGAUCGGUUGAGUCCAAAGGCGUUUGAGGCGCUUUUCCAUGUUUAAUAUUGUCUCUGUGGUUCUGCUGUAUUCCUCUCACUCCAGAGGCUUGCGAUGCAUCAAGGCGUUUGUUUGGGUCUCUUCUCUUGUGUAUGUCGGUCUGGUUUCUUUUUUAUUUCUCACAUGUCAUCGUGGGUACGACGUUGUUGUUCGAUAUUCCCCCAUCUGUUCCUGAUGCGAUACUUUCUUUUCAUCUUUUCUCUCUACGCCGACUUUGCCGUUCGUGUUCGUCUAGUCUAGUGUAUAACAUGUCUACCCAAUCUUCCGUGCAGCUUCCAAGCUUACCGCGCGCGGCAGACAAACUGAUUUUUCCCCUUUUUUUC